ACUCUCUUGGUUAACGGAAACGUCGAUGCCACCAUCUCAGCGUUGGGCGGAAGCAGGAAUGAUACGCCGGGAGGUUUUCGCGGGAGACUGAGCGAAGGGGCGAUGCCGCUGGUGUUGUUGUGCGGGCUGCCGGGCAGCGGCAAGAGCCGGCGCGCCGAAGAGCUGCGCGCCCGUUUGGUUUCUGAAGGCGAACGGCGCGCCUUCGUUGUGUCCGAAGCGGACGUGGCCGGAGGCCGGGCUGCCCUGCGGGCGGCGGCUGAACGGCUGCUGAACCAGCGGGACGUGGUAAUCGUCGACGCGGGCAGCGAGCUGAAGAGCUUCCGCUACGAGCUCUACUGCCUCAGCAAGCACGCGGGGACCCCGCAUUGCCUGGUGCUCUGCCCGGGAGGUGGCGCGCGCCCCGACCGCCCUCCUUUGGAGCCGCCGGACUCGCAGAACCGCUGGGAUUGGCCUCUCUUUCUGGCGCCCGAGGACCCCGCCGAGCCCCUGCCGCUGCCCGAGAUCCGCGCUUCCCUCUUGGAGCGGCGCCCGCCUCCUCCCAAUCAGUCCACGCGCUCCCAGCCGCUCCAAGCCGCCGGCUUCCUUCACCAGCUUGACCGCCUGACCCAAGAGGUGCUGGCCGCCGUCAUGGCUGCUCAGAGGGACGGCGCCCAGACCGGACAGUUCAUUCCUGUGGCGGUGGAUGGGCUAGCAGGAGGCGGCCGAGAGUCUCCGGGCUUGCUGCUUAACAGGCAGGUCAGCCUGGCUGAACUGAGCCGCCUGCGAAGGCAGUUCCUCAGUUACGCCAAGAUGCACCCGGGAGAAGGCGAAGAAAAUCUGCCCCAACUGGGCAACAUGUUUCUUAAGUACCUGAGUCAAAACCUGCGGUGAACGCAGCAGCUUCCUCUGAGUAGCCGGUGCCUGCCCUGCUCUGUAUGUGGAGGAUGGACUUAGCUAUUUAAUUAUGGACAGGAAUUUAUCCGUUUUGUCAAUUGCCAAAUUUAUAGACUGCUUUCAAAACUUUGAUGAAGAGUGAUGACAUUUUUAAAACAAUGUUUUUCAGUAUACAUCUAUUUAUAUUUGAAUUGCAACUGUCAUUUUCAUACUGUGCCUUGUUUAAGGGAGUUCAUUGGUAAAUUUCAACAUUCAUAGUGAUUCCCAUGAGGUGAAUUUGGCAGAAAUAUAGUGACUGAAUUGAAGUUCGUAAAUUCAGCUUUCUAAUCAAAGAUUCUGUGCAAUCCUGAAAAGUGUGUUUAUCAAUUACAUUUGGAUUAAUAUGACUAAACAAUAGUUUACAUAAAGAACAUUGCAUUGUGCUUAUAAUAUUUCUUGUUUGUUUCUCUCUGGGAUUAAUUUAUUAAAGAGAAAGCUGCAAGCCUGGAUUGAUCUUGACUGAGAAGGCACACACAAAGCUGCAUUUUGCUGGAUAAGGCCAGUGUUCAAGUCUGUCAAGAUCUUUCUGGAUCUUAUUUCUAAAGGGUUGGCUAUUCCCUACCCCCAUCUUAGUCAUUUACUGUUGACUAGAUUAUGUUUUGAUGAUUUGAUAGAUUAUAAAAAGAGUUUUUAUGUUU